AUGUCUGGGAAAUCAACAGAACCAAGCAUUCCCCCGGGAAUACAGACUCUCGAAGAGUCCCAUCGAAAGCAAUGUGUCAUCGAUGACGAAGUCGCUUUACUCGAUGUUCAGCCCGUUUAUGACACCAUUCCCGAGUUCUAUCCCGGGUGGUUUGGCUCUGUAGAUGGAUAUAUUAUCCUAUACUCUAUUGCAUCCCGAAAAUCGUUCGAGGCAGUGUCGGCUAUCUAUGAACGAAUCCGAAACGCCAGUGGUGGUUUCUCCUGCAAUAUUCUUCUUGCUGGGAAUAAGUCAGAUCUUGAGAUAGAGCGGGAGGUUUCAACUGAAGAAGGACGCGCACUGGCCGAGUCCCUUGGUGCCGUUUUCUUCGAAGUAUCGGCAAAGGCGGAUAUUUAUAUCGAUUGGUCGGUCUACGCCCUGGUACGAAGGAUUAGAAGACCCGAUGGACCGCGAGUAGCUAAAAAGGAGAAUGACAAAAAGGAGAAGGAGGGUCAGGAUGAAGCUGAAGGUCGACGCAAGCAUUCCUUUCGCGCUGCAUCGGCUUGGGUUGUGAACAAGGUCAUUAAGCGUGGUAACUGA